ACGCGUAGUGGUUACAAAGCUAUUAAGACAUUUUUAUUUUAAUAUCGAAAUAAUUUCGCGAUAACGAUCUAGAUGAAUAAAUAAAAGCGACAAAAUGAUGAACACGAUAAAACUCAUCAUGCUACUGAAAAUACUGCUAUUUUCGAUUUUGCUAGGCCUCACGUUUUCUCGCUACUUUAUUGUAGGCCCAGCUCAAGUAAAAAUUCUAAACGUAGCUUCGUGUCCGGAAUAUCCUAACCAGACCAUGCAAUUUGUGUUGAAAGGGCACAUGUAUAAUAAAAGCACUCAACUUUUGGACGGGUUUUUAAGUAUUCCUGAUGAUUUAGAUAAAUCUACCACCAUAUAUUUGAAAGCAUCAAGAAUCGAUAAGCAUAAAACACAAGUGAAUUCUUUUGUAAUAAACGAUUCUGAGGCUUGCACUGCUUUGUAUAAAUACGUCGGCGAUUUGUGGCUCAAUGUCCAGGCCCAGAUCGGCAUGGAACCUGGGGCUUGUCCCAUGAAGAAGGGGAAUUAUUCUGUGAAAAAUUUUGUGCUCGAUUUGACGAAACUAAACGUCCAAAUGAUUCUGGAAGGGGUUUUUAAGACUCGGGUUAUUUUUAAGAACCAAACUAAACCCAUAUAUUGUGGCGACUUCACCAUAGAGCUGUCACCAAAAAGCGAUUAAAUAAAGUAAUUCCUGUUCUCCAUUAGAUGAGCAAAAUAAAAAGAAGAGUGACAUAAAUUAUGCAUAACAACAUUCCACACGCAAAAAGAAACGUGUCUCACAUAAACAAACCAUUUAUUGUUGGUUUUCAAAGUCAAUAAACUCUUGUGGCGAAUAAAAUAAGGGAAAUUUUCCAUCAGCUAAUAACGCAUAGAUUUUUACUGUUAGUCAUUCAAAAUAGAAUAAUCCCGUUCCUUGGUCCAUUCUUUCGAAAUAUAAACCAGUUUAAGAUUUUAAACACUUAGGUCAGUGCUCCCACGGUCAAGGUGAAUAAUGAAUUAACAGUAAGGUGCACCCCC